AUGACGUCUGAUAUCUAUGACUCGGACGAUGCCAUGGGCCGGUCGCCGCCGCCCAAGCCGCAGGAGAUCAAGUAUGAAUCGGACGAGCCACCCCCGCCGUUCGUGACGAGCAACGAUGGCGACACCAAAGCCCAAGCCCAAGCCCAAGCCCAAGCCCAAGCCCACGCCGACACUAUGGGAACGCCCGAUCGUUCCCGUAAGCCGCACCUGCCGGAAACCCAGACCCAAACGCAUCUCGGCGACUCGGUACUGAUAAGCUAUCUAGUGCCAGACCGUCCGGAUAUCGCGGCGCACGCCCGCGACUAUCCGUACUCGGAAUGGUCGCCCAAACAGGAUCGGCCACCCCCGUUGGAUUGGAAACAGCCUCCGCCCCCACCGUCGAUGGAUAUAGAUGAGGGAGCUAGGGGAGGGAAAGGUACGGCAGACGGAGCAGGCGGAGGAAGAAAGGACACGGAAGUGGAACAGGCACGCGCCCGACCUCCCGCAUCAACUCCAGCCGAGAAGGAAGCCAAGCUCAAUCCCGUGGUGGAGCAAAGAGGAUCGCAAUUGCACGCCCAAGGGAAACGGGACCGCGAGACGUCGUUGUCGCCGCGCAACCAACCGUUCCCCGCGAUCCUGCCACCCCCAGCGCCGCCGUCCGACUUGAAGAACGACUUUGUCCCGCCGAGACAGCGUCCACGCCUGCAAUCCAUCACGGCCAUUCCUCCGGUUCGACGGCCCUCGGAGGACCUCCUCACACGAUCUCCGGAAUUGGGCCAUCGAGUUUCUCUACCUUCUCUCCAGUCCCUCUCUCCCCCAUCCUCAGUGGCAGGCACGUCGCCAGAUUCCGGCCACCCCAACAACAAAACCCUCCCCUCCAUCCAAUCGGCGCUCGGUGGAUUUUCACCCAGCGAGUUCCCUUCCACUCGACUCAACGGGCUCCCCCCACCAUACCCUUACGCGUCCUGUCCAGGCUCCGCAACUUCAUCGGAUUCACCACAUGACCGCCAACUACCGCGGCAAUUCCUCCCAUCGCAUAUCCCACCCACUCCCUUCUCCCAACACCUCUCCCCCAUCAGCGCCAAAGAUGCCUCCAACAACCCCUCCCCUGCAUCACAACCCUCCUCGGCAUUCUGGCGCGGUCCGCCCCUUCCUCCCCCACCACCCCCUCCGCCAGCCGCCGACACCCCGCAUCAUGCGCCUACGCCCUACGAGAUGUCCCCAAUGACUGCCAAGAGCCCGGCAACCAGCUAUCCCACGCCCACGGAGCAGCUCGCGCCCACCCCGGGGUCCAGUGAACGGGCCUCGUUUAGCUCGGCGGUGCCGGUAAACGGGGCUGGAGCCACGGGCAGUUACAAAUGCACGCAUCCCGGAUGCACAGCAGCGCCAUUCCAGACUCAGUAUUUGCUCAACUCUCACGCAAAUGUGCACUCACAAGAUCGGCCUCAUUUCUGUCCUGUGGAAGGAUGUCCCCGUGCGUUGGGCGGAAAAGGCUUCAAGCGCAAGAAUGAAAUGAUGCGCCAUGGCCUGGUGCAUAACUCGCCCGGCUAUGUAUGUCCUUUCUGUCCCGACCAGCAACACAAGUAUCCCAGGCCAGACAAUCUUCAACGCCAUGUCCGCGUCCACCACGUGGAUAAAAGUAAAGAUGAUCCCAUCCUCCGUCAGGUUCUCGCCCAGCGCCCAGCUGGGAGCACGCGAGGGCGGCGGCGACGGAUGAAUUCUGGUUAA